AGAAAUACCAGCGCAUUACCGAUGAAAUCACUACAGAACGGGAAGAGCGGAGGGGUAAAAGGAACGAGUCCUGCGGAAACUACAGAAACUUUUAAUACCAGCCCAGACAAAGCGGAUGUGUUUCUCUCACUCCUGCCUGGACGAGGACGACCGUUCAUUUCAGAUUAACGUGAAAAGGCGAAGCGGCGACGAUGCUGACUUCUGCCUCUCAGCGUCGGUCUGCAGCAGCUUCCUUGCAGCAGGGAGAGAAGAAGAUCCGUGUUUACGACCUCCGCUUAGAAACGGAGGCGAAAACCUGCAAGCUGUUUGAAAUAGCUGGUCGGGACUUCAACGACUUUCUCCAAGCUCUGCACAAGGAAUUUGGAAUCCCUUCAUGUGAGACAUUUGUGGUGGCAACGACUGACAGAAUUUUUCUGAACUUUUACAGAUUUAAGGAGCUCCAGGAUGGCACCACCCUUCACUUGUUGCAACACGAGCACCAGGUUCUGCCUACGGCAACGGUGGAAAAAAUAUCGUUUAUGCCUCACUAUAAUAUACUGAUAAAGAGUGGCAUUUAUGAGUACUAUGCUAGUGAGAACAAGGCGUCAUUAGCCUAUCCACUUGCCGAGCUCAUCGACAACUCUCUUUCAGCCACAGCUAAAAACACAGGAACGAGGAUAAUAGAGAUAAGGAUGCUGUUUGAUGAAAGUCUCGGGAAGCCUGCAGUCAUUGUCCUGGACAAUGGGUGUGGCAUGACUACAAAGCAGCUCAAUAAAUGGGCAGUUUACGGCACAUUUGCAAGAAGACAAGAAGACUACGUCCGCCCUGAUCCUGUACCUCGAAGUCUUAAUAGUGAUAUGUCGUACUUUGGAGUUGGAGGAAAACAGGCUGUUUUCCACUUUGGAAAUGUAGUCAGAAUGAUUAGCAAGCCAGUGGGGUUACCAGAUGUUCAUGAGUUGGUUCUAUCAGAAGAAGAAUUUGAAAGAAAGGAAAAGAACAAAGAGGAUAUUUAUAGCACCACCAUCCUAAACAGGAAGCCUGGCGACUCUUCACACGUGAGUGAAGAUGAGCGCUUCCUUCGUACCAUCAUCGAUGAGGAACGUGGGAAGGAAAGCUUCACGGCCGUAGUUAUUACAGGACUCAAGGAAAAGCAUAUCUCCUUCCUGAAAGAGAAUUUUGAUGCAUGGACCAGACAUCUAGCGCACAUAUAUCACUAUUACAUUCAUGGAAUCAAUGGAAAUGACCUGAGACAAGGCUCUAAAAAGACAGCUCAACAACCUACGAUUGACAUUCAGAUCACUUUACGCGAAAAACCAAACGAAUGUCCCCGUGUGCUGAACCUGAGGGAAGUUGACGAUGACUUGCAAACUUUGUACAUUAACUCUGCUGCGGACACCUUUGAGUUCAAGGCAUCCGCUGGACCGGGUGGUGGCACAGUGGAGGGAGUGCUGCGUUAUCAUCCAUUCCUCUAUGACAAGGAGACUUAUCCUAAAUAUCCUGAUGAUCCUAAAGAUCCCAAAGAUACAUGUAAUGCAAACGCGUCUUCUGAAAAUGACAAUUUAGAAAAUGAGCCUGGAGUCGUGACUCAGGAAGAAAGGAAGAUCUUUGAGUGUUUCUGGAAUGGACGGCUCAUACCUGGCACCAAAGUGGCUGAGUUUGACUGGUGUUCUCGUAAACAUAACAGCAGAACAGCAUUAGAUAUACCCCCGGAGUGUUACCGUCGGCUUUCAGGGGUGCUUUUCACUGAUGACAAUUUCCAGGUCACCAUAAACAAGAUGACCUUCAUGGACCUUGAGCUGAAACUGAAGAACAAUCAAACUGUCUUCUCACUGGUUCAGAACGGACAGAAAUCAUUUAGAGGUAACAUCCAGAAGGAGUUCACACAAUGGCUUCGAACCUGUAAUGAAAACUUUGACAAGCAAAUCAAGUUUGUGGGCUUCAAGGAGAUUAAAACACGGACAGAUGUGCCUACUAAGAAAAUGCAGCAUCCGUGGGCAGUCUUCUCCGCCAUCGAGUGGGGAGGCAAGACAUACAAAACAGGCCAACUUGUGAAGACGCACAAUACAAAUCCCAUUCUGUACGGUAAAGUGGUUCAGUUUUUGCUGUAUGGAAAUUUCGAUGGAGACGUCUAUGCCACGGGAGGACAGGUGGAAGUGUCUCGAGAGCCCAAAGCACUUUGGGACAUGAACAAGAUCGUUCCCAUUUCCAAGAUCGACAAGACAGCCACUGAUGAAGCCAUCAAGAAAAAUAUUGAUAGUGACUCUGAGAAGCUUCCAGAUAAGCUGAAUGUGGAAUGGCCCAAUGGUAACCCCUUGCAAAAUAAUGCCAUCCUUUCUGCCGGGACUACUUUAGGGCCUCUUAAAAUUGAGAUCCUGAACAAGAGGGGAGAGAAAUUAUCUCGGAUGUCCUCGGUGGGCCAGGGAAAAGGGACAAAACUGUGUGUUAAGCUCACGUUACUCCAUCAUGGUCUAAAAUCAGACAAAGAGCUUGCUGCUUAUGUUGCCCCACAUUUAGCAAAUACUGGUUUCUGGUUCAAAAAAAUGGAUCAUCUGACUGAGCUGGGAAAGUACACGCUGAAUUUGAACACAGUGGUCCAUGAAACAAACGAUGUCAGCUUUGGCGGUAGAGCGCUUCCAAGAUUCACACUGAAGUUUACCAUUAAAGAGGGCGAAGCAGCAAGCUUCGAUAUCAGUGCAGUGAGCCCCACACUGCGAGUGGGCGUGCCGUUUGACAUUCCUCUGCAGAUAAAAGAUGGCUAUGGCCACUCAACGACCCUCACUUCUAAACUCAGACCUGAGCUCAAAUGCUGUGGUCUGGAUCUGAGUUAUGAGACAUUCUCCAGCAGUGGAACCACAUUCACCAUCAAAAGUAUCAAAGCGAGAGGAAAAGUCCUGAAUUACCAGCAAUCCAAGAGCUAUGACCUGGAAGUGACCCUGCCUGGCCUGAAACAACACACCAAGUCCAUCAAGAUCAGUCUUCUUCCUGGUAUCCCACAUUCCCUCCACAUGAAACCGGAGGAAACAUCAAUUGAUGUGGAGAACGGAGACCAGGUUAAAGGUUUCCCCCCGGUGGUCACUGAUUGCAGCAGCACCGGUGCUGGCCAGCUUGUGACAAAGCCCAUUAACCUGAAAAUAAUCAAAGGAGAGCAACAAGAGCUCAAAGCUCAAUUUGUGAUGCCUAGUUACAAAAACAUACCACUGGUCAUGAAGGAGCUGAGGGUGCUGCCCAGCACACAGGUCUCUGUGAUGGAGCUGUACAGUCAGGACAAUGAGAAUCUGGUGCUGAGGAACAGUGAAAAGAUCAAAUGGAUAGCCGGCGGACUGCUGCAGAACUUAUUCUACAAGCUGUAUGAUGAAGCUGGCAGGGAGGUACCGCUCACUGCUGAAAUAGCCUCCAUGAUCAAGGUUAACUGGACAGGAGAUGUCUUUCUGGAAGAUCUGGUCCAGGGGAAGCUGCCUGAUUUACAGGUACCUAAACGGGUGGGAGAGCAGCGCUUCUACCAGGUCUCCUAUCAGGACCAGAGUGUGUCCGUCUCCUUCACUAUCGUGCCUCGUCCAGAUGAACCAGAGCGUCUAAAAGUAGCUUUACCCCAAACCACAGUGAAGCUUGGUGAGAUCCUCUCCGGAAACAUCAGCUUGGAGCUUGUGGACCAGUUUGACAAUUUAACCAAGACGCUUACCCCCAGCUGUGUGAACCACAUAAAAGUGGAAGCUGAGGGGCUGGACAAAUCAGCCAUCACAUUUAAAUGGCAGGAGAGCAGCUGUGCUGCCAUGGUGACGGGAAUUCGUUUCGAGUCAGGGUCUCUCGGCCCCCGAGAACUGCGCUUCAGCUACUCUGACUUUGUGGAGCGUGUCAGUAUUAAAGUGACCGCAGGACUCCCUGCUCAGCUUAAACUCAUCAGUGCACCGGAGCAGCCUUUGCAGGUGUUAAAUGAUCACGGCAUCUCCAAACCAUUUGUCGUCCAGCUGUGUGAUGAUUGGGGAAACCCUUCUCCAGACCAGAGAGUUGUAGUGGACUUAAAGACUUCACCUCCAGGACUGACGGUGAAAACCAAUGUUAUUUCACAACCUGUGAACGCAGAAGGGAAAGCCUCUUUCGUUGUUAAUGGUUUGAGCGGGCCGAAGGGGUGCUAUCAGCUGCAGUUUAAAGGCUCCUUCAACAAAAAACCCAUCCCUGGUCCAUCAGUGAGCCUCACUGUCCUCCCUGAUCCCAAAAAACCAGUCAGCCUAUCGGUGGAGUAUGACACCAGUGUCAAGUUUCUUGCUGGAGGCACAUUUCGAGAUGCACAGAACCAGCAAAAAAUGUCUGAACUAACCAGGAAAAAAGAUGAGCUCAGCAGUGCUAUUGAGAAAUAUAACGAAACCUUUCGUACAUACAAGGAGCUCUUUGGGUUGCUGACGGCUUCUUGCCUGAAUGCCAGUAAGAAAGAGGCUGAUCUUAAAAAUGAGCUGUGCCGGAGGAAAGUGAAAAUCCCUGACCCCAUAUCUGCACAACAUAUUGAUGCACUAAUAAAAAAGAAGAGUACUGAAGCGGAAGCGAUUCAGAAAAUGUCCCGACGAGUUUUCCCCGUCCGUGACAACUUUAGGGGGCAGGCAGAGGUUUUGGGAAUGGUUGGCCACCUGGCCCUCGUGCAGGAUGAUGCCGCUGCGUGGGUCAUCUCCUGGCACAUCAGAGGUGAUAUGGACUGUGUCAUCACCAAAACAACAGAAGCAGCGCAGCGGAUCUCUCGUGACACGCAGGGCAGGCAGCAGGUCAUGGCCCUCGACAGCGUGCUUGUGUCACCAGGAAACAGCAUGACUGUAAACCCCAACACACUGUCAAUGCAGUGAAAGAGCCGCCUGAGAGCCUGGACAUCAAUAUUACUGAAGCAGUCUGGGAUCAUCUUGAGAGAGAACAGAGUGAAAGGCAGCCAACAUCCAAAGAAAAGCUUUGAAUGUCCUUCAAGAAGCCUGGAGAACUAUUCAUGAAGACUGCUUUAAACAGUCAUGCCAAAAAUUGACUUUCAAGCUCAUUAGUAUUGUACAGAAUCAGCUGUUUGUCUUGUGUGCUGUAUUUCCUUGUAUGUUUCCACAUGUUUCAGUUAAUCAUCGCACCCAUUUCCCAUUGUCCAAGCAAAGGAUGGAGAAAUUAGGAGUUCCUCAAGGCUUCUUCACAGUGUUGUAUUCAGGCCCUGUGUUUUUGUUUGUUGUUGCUUUGUUUGGCAUAUUUACAGAAAAGUAGGCCUCACAUGUAGGAAUCACUAGUUUCUGUGUUUUCAGCUGUAUUGCUGCUACAGUUCACCUCCUUAAGAGAAACAGUUUUCUUGAUUUUUAGUUGGAAAAUGUUUCUCUGCUCAUACUGAGUAUUAGUGCUUUAUUUGCUUCUGAGAGAAGGAAUAUUGAAUACACACUACUAUGGGUUAUUGAUCUAAUUUACAAUUUUAACAGUUAUGCAUGAUUUUUUAUAAAGUCAGCAGUAUUAAAAACCCUGCAGUGCUCCCUGCAGUACUAUUACUUCUAAGUGUACUAGUCCCCCCCAUGUGAAUAACAUAAAUCUAUAUUAGUCAUUGUUUCAGCACUAAUUUAGAAUGCAACAGUAAAGCUGUUUACACUUAAUUAUCAAUCAGUUAAUUAUGUAAUAUGCAAUAUGUUGCAUAUUACAUAAUUAAUUGUAAUAUGUAAUAUGGUUUUCCAAUUUUUUUCUUUCUUUUAUCAAAGUGAAGUGACUGCUGAAUUUAAGAUGAAUUCAACAUCACACUAGAAAACUGUCAUGUCUGAUCUGCAAAAUACUGAAAAAAUAGACACAAAUCCAAACAGCUGAUCUAUCAACAGAUGUCUUGAUGCUUACCUAAGUUAAUCUAAAACACCUUCUGAAAGUCUGCAGACAUUUUCUUUCAGAUCAAACAGAAAUUAUGUAUCAGCUGGAAGGACACACACAAAAACAAAUUCUGGCAUGAAAUGGAAAAGAUCCACAUAAACUGAAUCUGUACUACACAUGAACUGUAGCAUAGCAGUGUCCGUUUAUGCAAAGAGAAAUGAUCGUGCAUGGUUUGAUGUUGCGAUGUACGUUUGGA